UCAGUACCCCCGGUUGAUCGUAGUGUAUCGCUUGGUUUUCAAGGAUUCUGCGUCAGUUUGUUAGCAACCCUGCCAUCACCAAUAGUAUGGGGUUUCAUAGUGGACAGCGCUUGCAUAAGAUGGAAUCGAACUUGUGGUGAUUUGACUCGAGGUGCUUGUUCCAUUUAUAACAGUGAUGCUUUACGACUAAGGACGCAUAUCACUUACGGUGUUAUGAGAUUAGUUUCGCUGAUCUCAGAUGCGUGGGUCUUCUAUUACGCAAAGGACCUUCGCCUCACUGACGAAGACCCAGACCCAAUCGUGAAUGAAGCCGCUGCCGAGGGUGUGAUAGAUAAAGAUCGUAAAUUCUCACUGUAA